AUUAGCAAGUCCCUAAGCAACUUAGCGAGACCCUGUCUCAAAAUACAAUAUAAAAAGGGCUGGGGAUGUGGCUCAGUGGUUGAGCACCCCUGGGUUCACUCUCCAGUACCAGAAGGAAAGAACGACGUCUCCUGGGAGUCCCCUACAGCUCUGACCUGUCCCCAUCUCGCUCCCUGUCUCCCUCUCUAUUUGUUUCCAGUGUCUCUCAAUGGCAAGGGAGGAUCCCCUCUCCUGGACUGGCGCACCAAGCCCCAGCUGCUGGGAGAGUGGUACUGCUCUGGGUCCCCUUCUCUACAACCCCUCCACCUAAGAUCCACUGCCUGGGGCAGAAAAGGUGACCCCCUCCUGAGGAGCCCCUGUUCCAGAGUCCCCUGGGGCCAGGCUGAAGAUGGCCUCCUGUCCCGCUCAGCCUCUCCCACACCUCUCCUGUUCUCCCACCUCCUUCUGCUGAAGUUCUUCCCUCAGCGGAUCACUUGUUCUAGAAUCCCCAUCCCCAGGGCUGCUCCUACCUGGCCCAACACACAGAUGUGAUUCUUUGUGUCUGCAACUCGGAUGAGGCCGGGACCUCAGAGCAGAGGGGCGACGCUCCCUGUCCUUUCUUCCUGCUGCCCUGCCUCUGAAAGAGUGACCUUACCCUGGGAUGUUCUCCAACACUGGUCCAGAGCCCCUCCUCCGUGCAGCCGUGACUGACAGGCCCGCUGUGACCUGCCGUGCCCUAGCCUUGCCAGGCCUUCCUGUGGCACAGGACUGUUCUAAGCAUGUGACAGGCAUGACCACAUCCAGUGCCCCCCAGAGCCCUGGAGGUGGAGCUGACAGUAUCCCCAGGCAGGUGGUCGCUGUGGCGCAGAGGCAGGGCCCAGACUAGGAGCCGGGAAUUCAGGCUGCAGAGCCCCAGACCUAGGGCCAGAGCCCCAGCCCGAUGCUCCCUGGGGCCACAGCUCAGGCUCGGGACAAGGUCGCCUGGACGGCAUGGACCUGCAGCCAGCCACUCCCUGGCCAGGUGGCUCCAGGCUGGGGUUUGAACCGCAGGAGCCAGCCAACUGCCCUGUGACCGAUUGUGACCUCAGAGGCUUCUAUGGGUCCUGCCUGCCAGAGCCAUGCAGCUGGGCCCCCUCGGUGGUGUGGCGGUGAGACCAUGGCUGAUGUCAGCCCCUGUGGUGUCAUAAGCCAGAGCGCGGUGGCCUGAAGCUCCGACAGUCUGUCUGCUUCUGGGGACCCCCGGCUCUGGGACCCCCAUGUGACCAGCCUCGGGGAAGCCCUCGCAGCCUCCCAGUCACCUUCCUGGGCAGGAGCGCGUCCAGGAUCCAACCCAAUGACCCCCUAACUGGUGUCACCGUCAGGAUUUGGGAUAGGGCUGCCCGGUGACCUCAGGCACCCUAUGUGGCCAGGAAGGACAGCCCAAGUCAGUUUGGGAAGUGGCAAGAGGACAGUGGGAGAGAUGAUCCAGGAUGGAUGCUCAUGAGGUCAGCGGGCUGCCCUGGACGCUGCAUGGCCCCUGUCCCCGGGGAAGCAGACGGAGUGAAGCUGGCGUCACUCGGGGAAGGAGGAAGGCGGGUGUGGAAUGGCCCGGGGACCCCUGAGUUCUGGGCAUCCGGAAGCCUCGCUGGCCCAGCAGUGGGCACACAGAGCACCCACCCUGAACCCUUCCUGUCCCCCCCAGUCGGCCUCCUCUCUUUCCUUCCCUGAAACAUGGAGGCGAAGUUCCUGUGUUCUCCACAGAGGGAGGGAAUUACAUGGAGUUCUGUACAGAGCUGUCCCCCUGUCCUGCCCCUUCUCCAGAGUCCUCUUGUCUUCCAGCCAUGGCUAAGAGGGCCCCAGCCUGACUCCCUCCAUGAUGGAAUUCAGAGCCCGCAGGAAAUCUCAGCAGCGGAAGAAAUCUAGGAGCAAGGCCCAAGAGAAGUUCGCCAAGAAGUUUCCCUACAGGUUCUCUUGGCUGACAGAGCCCAGCUGUGAGUCCCCGAGAGCCUGGGCGGGCAGGAGCAGCUCCCAGAGGGACUUGCUGCCCCUGCAGAAGCAGCUGGUGCCAAGGAGAUCCAUCCCGGUCCCAGGGCUCGGGGCUCCAGGGUACUCGUCACCAUCCAGACUCUACCCAGCGCCCCCACCGUGCAGCCUCUGGGAACUGCAGUUACUGAGCCUCCGCUUCCCCAGACAAGCCGAACGCCAGCUGUUCCCUCUGUACAGCAACGACCCCUGGAGCAGCGAAGCCACUGGGCCAUCCAGGGGCCUCUCCUAAUGCCCCAGCUCUGCGUGGCCUUCCACUCGGCCACCUUCUCCUUGGCACACUCUGGACAGCAGCCACAGAGACUUUAGUGAGGGGAAACAGCCCUCGUGGCCAUGGAAAACCAGGAACUCUCCAUCUCCCCAGAAACCACACCAUAGCAAUAAACUUUGUA